AUUUGAAGCAAGUAAGCGGUAGUCUACGCUAUUGGUUAGUUCUGGUCGGCGCUCCGUUUCCUAUUGCACAGAGCUGUGCAGGGCAGGGGGCGUGCUUAGCAAAAAAAAUCGUAUCGCUUACAUUUUAUCACAGUGCAUGAUAAUAUAAUCACUUUUACUGGUUUCUGAAAAAUCAUACAUAAUUUCUGUCACUCCGGAAAGCAGCUUUAAUUAUUUAAUUAAAGUAACUCUUCAGCGUCAGCCUGAGGAAAUUUGCAGCCGCAAACGAAACGUAGCGGGAAAACGGGUAACAAAACUGUUCUGUGUUUUAAAAAAGAACUACAGCAUGGAAUUACUCUUCAGCUGUUCCGUAAUAUGUGAAGUGCUGUGUUGAUCAUACACUGUUAAUCACUGGAAGCUGCAGUAGCCCUCUAUUCUCACCUAAAAGGGUUCUGUGGGAGCAGCUACAGUCGUGACGGUGUAAGGCACCCGCCACGACCCAUCAUCAGCGCUGUAAGGCCACACGUCCACAGAAACACUCGUUCUUGCUGCACUCUCAGGGUUAUGGUGACUGAGGAGAUAUGGUUGCAAUUUAAUACCCAUAUUGUCUGUCUUCCCAUGGGUUUAUGCAUUGUGAACUGCCAUGAUGCAAUGAAAUGUGGGAAAUCAGCAGCAGAGCAAUACAGGCAAGACUUGCAAGGAAUUUGCCCUCUGGUCUGAGCUUGGAUUGGUUGUCUGAUCCGCACGCUACUGAGCAAAAAGGCAGUUUUGCAGUCAGACUAAAUAGGGGCUUGUUCUCUUCAGGCAUCGAGUAGUUGACAAAAUCAAGAUGUUAAUCGUUGCUCUGAGCCAACAGUCACCUGACACUAAGAGAAAGGUUUUGAUGAGCUCGAGACUAGCUGUGCGAAAAAAACCCAAGCUUCCUGUGCCUGGACAGUCACGCCCAAACUCAGUUCAACUGCUUUGUCUGCACAGCUGGAAACAGAAAAAACUACUGGAAAUAAACCAAUCUGAGGAAGAAGAGCCCUGAUUCAGAUUAAUCCCACAAUGCAUUACUAAAGUCUUCCCUACAUUCCGGUAAAAAGCAAUGUUUUGGGGUGCUGGAUGCCACAACACCAAAAGCAGAGUGUCUGUGGGGCCCCUCCGCUUGCUAUGAUGGGAUGUCUGCAGCCUUCCGCUCUGUCCUGAGCUCUCCAGGGGUGUCAUGAACAUCUACAGAGACCGAGGGGUAACUUGCACCUCCUCAGACCUUCUGGACAGAGGCGGAGGGUUACCUCAUUACACUCCAUUUCGUCAAACCCCUAAUGGCCACCCAGUUCCUAGCCCAGCAGACCCAGCAGCCCAGCCUAGAGUCUCUGUGCCCAAAAUGGGUGUUCGAGCACAGAUUGCACAAUGGCCUCCACGUCGCGCACAGUCUCGGGAGUCUCUGCUGGAAAAUGGGCAAAAUGGUGGCAAUCAUUAUGAUGACUGCUCCACUUCAUCAUCGAUUUUGUCACUUGACACCAGACUGGUGCGGGGAGGGGUCGCCAGGUUGCCCCGAAGGUGGUCCAAGGAUGUGGAGUUCAGAGGAGGAGGGUUGGAUGGUGAAAGAGGCUCACCUUUCAGCCUUAGAGUGUUCCCACCUUUGAGACAGCGCUCCAACAGUGAAGUGACGCUAAGUGAACAAGAUGAAAAUGAAGUGGAGACUCGUGGAGGUGGUGGGAUGGGGAACCGGUUCAGAGAGUAUGGCAGCACCUCUUCGAUUGACGUCAAGGGUAUUCAUGAGCAGAGUUUUUUUGACAUGUUCCGCCAGUUCGACCAGGAGAGAUCUGAUCAGCGCAGCUCCGCACCGGCUGGAGAAGACAGAGAAACGGGAAGGAAGGAUGGCGCUGAGAGAGUCAGAAAGAAAAGUGGAGGGACGGAGUCAUCGUUGGGUACCUCCUCUUUGUUUCGGAAAUUUCGGAGUUCUAGUAGAGGAGAACUGGAUGGAGGAAAAGGAGAGACUAAUGAGGAUAGGGUAGGAAGAGUUCUCACAGAUGCCUCCUAUAAACCAUGGGUUUGUCCCAAGAGCUUUAUCCACUAUGAUGCUCAGAGCAUCCUGUUCGACCUCCAUGAGGCAGCGGCUCAGCGCAGCUUUGCAACCCAUAGGAGGAACACUGCCACGGGGGCAUCAGCUGCCUCAGUUUCUCUCUCGGCCUCCAAAUCUUCAGCUUUGAGCCUAAACGACCAUAUUUACUCCAGUAUUGAGAAUCUGACGCUGAACAUGGAUCACAGCUCCACAACAGCCUCUCUAACCAUGGACCCUGUGGAUGGGCCUGGGACCAACAGCUCAAGCCCACUCCUCCUCUCCUGUCCUCACUUUGUCAAUGAGGUAGGGGGGCACGGGGAGCGAAACAUCAGCUUCCUCAGCUCAUCAGCAGAACGAGGAGGACACGGAGAGGGAGGAAGGGGGUGGCUGAGGAAGAGUAACGCCAGCGUGUCGGUACUUGAGAUACCAGUCGAAAAGCAAGUAACACGACUGGAAAACCUGAAACCAUACAGCAUAGAGCAUGUUGACGAGGGGGCCAAGUACUACAGCGAAUACUUCAGUGGGAAAGAGCACUUAAACUACUUUGGGACUGACGAUAAGCUGGGCCCUGUUGCUGUGAGCAUCCGCAGGGAGAGACUGGAAGAUACCAAAGACCUGAAAGACCAGUAUCAGUAUCGCAUCAUAGUCAGAACUGGCGAGCUUGUGACGCUUCGAGGCUCCAUUUUAGAAGAUGCAGUGGCAUCCACUGGGAAACAUGGCACAGUUCGAGGUCUGCCUCUCAAGGAGGUCCUGGAGCAGGUCGUCCCCGAGCUGAAUGUCUCCUGUUUGAGACAAGCGCUCAACACUCCCAAAGUCCCCGAGCAGCUCCUUAAACUGGAUGAACAAACGUUGAGUAAGAAGCACAAAGUGGGUGUUCUUCUGUGCCGUGAGGGUCAGAGCUCAGAGGAGAGUAUGUACAACAACAAGGAGGCAACACCUGCCUUCUCUGCCUUCCUGAAGCUGCUGGGGGAUCAGGUGCUUCUCAAAGGAUUUGGUGGAUAUGCUGCACAGCUCGACACAAAAACGGAUUCAACAGGCACACACUCGCUCCACACUAAGUUCCAGGGCUACGAGAUCAUGUUCCACGUGUCCACCAUGUUGCCAUACAUGCCCAACAAUUUACAGCAGCUUCUGAGAAAGAGGCACAUAGGGAACGACAUCGUUACCAUAAUCUUUCAGGAGCCUGGAGCGGAGCCGUUCACCCCUCAAAACAUUCGCUCACAGUUCCAGCAUGUGUUUGUUAUAGUCCGUGUGCACAACCAUGACUCUGAUGACACCUGUUACAGCGUUGCUGUGACUCGGAUGAAGGAUGUGCCCUCUUUUGGACCCCCCAUCCCUACUGGAGUCACUUUUCGUGAUCCAGAGACUUUUCGUAACUUCCUGUUAGCCAAAAUUAUCAAUGCGGAAAACGCUGCUCACAAGUCUGAGAAGUUCCACACAAUGGCAACACGAACACGACAGGAGUAUCUGCAAGACCUGGCGGAGAACUAUGUCAGCAACACGCCGCUUGACUCAGCAGGAAAACUGAUCAUCUUCAUGUCACUCGCUUCUAAAAACCGCGAGCGCUCGAAACCACGAGAGGGUGCUGAGCUGGGGGCUGUCGGGGCGGUGGCCUGGAGAGUCCUGGCCCAAGACUUCAGUGGAGGAGGGAUGGAGCUCCCCUGUGCUUUGGGUAUUUCAGCUGAAUACGUGCUUCUGGUAGACUGCUCCACUAAAGAGGUGGUGUUUAACUGUUUCUGUGCGGACGUGAUCGGCUGGACGCCGGAGCGACUGGCGUUAAAGAUCUUCUACGGGAGGGGAGACCACAUCGCAGUGAGAGUACCAGAAGGGUGUGCACAGGACAUCAGGGAGAUGGUUCAGAGGUUAAAGUCACUGACGGUGGGAUGUGACACGGUGGACAUGACACUGAGACGAAACGGCCUGGGACAGCUGGGCUUCCACGUUUAUCUUGAUGGCACUGUGUCUGAGGUGGAAGAGUACGGCUUCGCCUGGCAGGCGGGACUGAGGCAGGGCAGUCGAUUGGUUGAGAUCUGCAAGGUGGCCGCUGUGACGCUGACUCACGAGCAGAUGAUCGACCUACUGAGAACGUCGGUCACGGUUAAAGUGGUCAUCAUUCCUCCAUUUGAAGAGGGCAAACCUCGCAGGGGCUGCACAGAGGAGUACGAUAUGAAGACAAGGGAGCAGAAACCUGAGCCAGAGCCUCUGGCAACAGGAUAUCGUCCCUCUCCUCGCCAAACCUGGCGGUGGGAAAGUUCGCCCAUCCCACCGGUGUUCAAUAAUGCUCCCAACUCGCAGCGCUGGGCCCUCAUGGCCCCCGCGCCUCUCCCUGUACAUCGCCCACACAAAUCCAUCAUGUCAGUUCCUCACAGAGAGCCACAGCACCACACCUCCAAGAGGCCCGUGAGCUACCCAGAGAACCACUACAGCCUGUCUCCUGCAGGAGGAGACAGAGUCCUGCCCUACAGAAACCCCUCAGCCAGCUUCUCCUCACCCUCCUCAGGCCUGGUCGGCCUCGUCACAAUGGCUUCACCUGGAAUGACACCAGGACCCUUUGUGCACUAUAAGCCUUCACCCGACAGGUAUGGACUGGCACAGCGCCCCCUGCUGACUAAUGAGCCCCAUUUCAGCGUAGAUGUCAUCUCCAGUGGAGAGUCUUCCUCUGGCUUCACCAGCCAGGAGAGCACCAUGGAGCGCUGCAAAACAGAACCCCUCUGGCACGUCCCAGCAUCAUCGUCAUCCCGAGGACCAGCUGGUGGAGGGGUGCAGAGGAGAGUAGUCAGACAGGAUGUCCUGGGGAAAGACUCUCCAAACAGACACUCGAAGGGUGAGACUCAGUACUCGAGCCACUCCAGCAGCAACACACUGUCCAGUAACGCAUCCAGCGGCCACAGUGACGAGCGCUGGUUUGAUGGAGGCGGUGUUGGUCUUGUUGACCUAGUUGAUCCUGACCCUGACCUUCUCAACAAAGGAGGCUCCAGUGACAGUGGCAUCGACGCCUCCAAUCACUACAACAAUCGCCACGGAAACAUGUCCAAUAACCAGUUUCACAAGGCCACGCACAGCUCUGCAACCUACAGCGGCAUCCAGGAGCUGUCCACGGGAAGGACCAUUGGUAGAGGAGAGGCUAAGAAACGAGAAUCUUCCCCACUCCUUCCAGCUGCUGACAGUCAGACCAAAGGGUACCUGACUAAGACUUUCCCACUUCCUGGCUCCAGCGUGGAGAAGAUAGAUCCUUUCAAACCCAGGACCUACACACCACAGGGUUACAAGACUCCAUCAGGAGAGAAAGCACGGCCUGUCCGAGCAUCUACGGCCACACCCACUUCAGCUCAGAUGAGCUCCACUCCUUUAUCCAGCUCCGCCCUCAAGGCCUUUUAUGGGAAGAGCAAAUCGACUGCAAAACAGACGGAAGAGGGCAACACCUCGUCGCUUUCUAACACAACUUCAACAUCCAGUUCUGACAGCAGCCACAGCAAGAAGCAUGUGGAUACAAACUCAAAGAACGUGUUUGGGCAACCUCGACUCCGAGCAUCACUGAGGGACCUGCGUUCUCCCCGUCGGACGUACAAGAGCACCAUCGAAGACGACCUAAAGAAACUAAUCAUCAUGGACGGCCCCGGAGAGAUGUCACAGACUGAUCUGUCUCCCAGACACAACCUGCAACGCACCUUUUCAGACGAGUCCCUGUGCAGCGGGCGUAGAGACGCUAGCUUCGCCUGCUCCGAGAACCAGAUGAACCCCACAGAUGUGCUGUUCACCUGCACGCUGCCCACCCGUAAACACUCAAGCUCCUCCAACCACAUGCAGAGCAAGAAGAUGCCACUCUCUGCAUCAGAGUUGUCCCUUACUGAGAUAAGAGACAAAGUCCCACCACUGAGGAGGCUCGAUCCUGGACUGAUGCCUCUCCCUGACACGGCCUGUGGACUUGAGUGGUCCAGCCUGGUCAAUGCUGCUAAAGCCUACGAAGCACAAAGAGCCGUUUCUGAGCCGCAACUUGGAGGUCCAGAGACGAGACCAGCCAACAGUCCGGUCCAGUUUCAGACUCCUCAGACGCCACGAACUACACCAACGUUCAGUGGUGAUGAGGUUCCCAACGAUUUGUCGGGUCGGCUUCACCACCUAGAGAUGAUGUUAAAACAGCUGAACAAUGACCUAGAGAAGGAGAAGCAGGAUAAAGUCGUCCUGCUAGCAGAAAUGGCGAACCUGCGAGAGAACAACCAGCGGCUGCAGGAGGAGAGUCAGACUGCCAGCCAGCAGCUGCGCCAGUUCAGCAAGCUCAUCACCAACCUCAACAAAUCGGAAAGUGACCACGAGGCUCGCACCCUUACUCACGACAGCAACUCAAAGAGAGAGUGAUGGACAGCUGCUGCAGACUAUGAAACUUGGGCUCGUGAGAACUACAAUAGAUCCAUGAUUCUUUGCACUUGCAGGUGUGGCAUAGGACACAGCGAUGUCAACCCCUCAGCUCACACUGAACUGCCCUAAUCCAGAACUGAUGAGGAAUAAAAUAAGCAGAAACAACAAUCUGGAUUUCUAAAACAACACCCUUCUGCCCCUCGUCUGUUCAAUGAGCCCCGUUUAUUUUUCUAAACUGAAGUGAAGACGUCUCACUGUUACGAUGCAUAUAAAUACAUUACUAUGCCAGAAGAGUGGCGAGGAGAGGAGAGCCCGACUGUUUAAGACAACACAUCACCUGGAGAGGCCUAAUACUGUUUCUGCAGCAAAUCAGACCAAAAUAAACUAGACUGCAUUUCCCAGAAUGCACCACACUGGGUUGGAAGGUCUACAGUGCUGUGGACAGGUGCCUGUGUGGUCCAAUUCUCAUGCAGCCACAUUAUCAACGUUGUACUGAAGGAAGGAGAGAUGUGUGACGGUACAAAACUCAGAAGCAUUCCUGCACAACAGUGUUUGAGGCAAGAAGAAUUUAAUUGUGUGUGUGUGUGUGUGUGUGUGUGUGUGUGUGUGUGUGUGUGUGUGUGUGUGUGUGUGUGUGGACAAGUGAGUGAUGAACAGACCUGUUUGCUGUAAGAUGAGACUUUUGGACCAUGAUUCUCUUCUGUCCUCUUGUCACGGACGAACCGCGACCCUCCUCACCUCACUGAUCAGAGCGUGAAACAUCAGCAUCAUAUCUUUUAUUGUCUGUAGUGUUUUGACUUGAAUUUCCCAGUUUUUAGCAGUGCCCUGUCAUCUCAGAUAUAAGCAUAAUGGAUCACUACUUUUAUCCUGAGUUAUUUUUGUGUUUUAAAGAAUAGUUGUGACAUUUAAAGUGUUAUGCUUCCUCUCUGUGUAAAAGGAGAACACCAUUAUUCACGGUGUCUCAAACAGAUGAAAAGACUUUUACAUACAAGUUAAUCAUGAUAAUCAGUACUGUAAAUUAUUGACACGUUUGAAAGGAAAGUGGGUGCCUUUUCACUUUAACACUAAUAUCGACUUGAACAUCCUUUUUAAAAUUAAUGUUGCUAUUUUCAAUCUGUCAGAAUUAAACCUAAAAACCAAAUUCAUACUGAAAGUUUGAGCCAAUAGCUCCAUCAAACUUAAACUCAACAGAAGGUUAAACAUAAUCCAUCACAAUGUCUAACUAGUCCUGUGGUUUUAAUCUAAAUGAAGCUUCUGGCAUAAAUAUGUUUGACUGGAAACUUUAACUGCACAUGAAAUUUACUGAACACUGAAUCUUCUUCAGGACGUGUGUGUGUGUGUGUGUGUGUGUGUGUGUGUGUGUGUGUGUGUGUGUGUGUGUGUGUGUGUGUGUGUGUGUGUGUGUGUGUGUGUGUGUGUGUGUGUGUGUGUGUGUGUGUGUGUGUGUCCAUCCCUAAACCUUGUAAUGAACCCAAAUGAACACAACAAAUGGCUUCCCUAAUGGUAAUAUUGUCUACCAUAUCUAUUUUCCUACAGAAAUGUGUCUUUGUUUGGAUCCUGGUACUUUAUGGACAGUUGUUUCCAGUAGUAGAUAAAUCUGAAAUGUUUCAGAUAAAUACAAAAAAAUGUGGUUUUGUAUUCAGAUGGACAUCAGCAGGAUUCCAGAUCUAAAAGCAGAUCAGACUUUCCAGCUUACUCAGGUUCCUUAAGAUGCUGUUAAUCACCCAACAUCGUCGCCGUCGGAGGGUUUGUGCUGCUGCUUGUACAGGUUUAGGCAUCCCUUUAAUAUUUGUGGUUAACGGGACUUUUUAAAAAGAAGACGAUGUUUGAACUGACUGAUGUGGAGAAUCUGCCACUUGGGCCAGAAACAGGAUUUUUGACGGUUCAACAGUUACUUUCCAUGAACUAACUAAAUGCUGUGAUGAGCUGUUUUUGAAUUUGUACUGUUGAUUUUCUGAAACCCAUCCCUCUCGCACAAGUAGGAACAAGUAGUUUAUUAUGGCUUCUAACUGGACAAGAAACUGCUCGUAUUUUUAUAACAUCAGCUUUAAUUUCCUCGUGUCUCUGGUCCACUGUACUCGAGGGUAGGAGCGUUCAGACCUCUCAGCAACAGGUGUUUAGUAAAGAACUCCAUCUUCAGCUGGUGGUUUUAUUUAGUCUUAAUCUUUCAUUUGCUUUCGUAAAAGGGGUGAGCUUUCUUUUUAUGAACAUAAACAAUCUGUGUAAUUUUAAGCUAUUUGAACAAGUCACUAAUUCUUUAUUGCUAACUGUAUGAUAGCUUUUUUAUGUUGAAUAUUUUUUAUAAUUUAUUUUUUAACACAUUGUUGCAGAACAUAUAAAGAUAAGAAGGUACUGUGUGUGUUUAUAUUGCCGUUUCAUCUUUGAUUCCUUGUCCGGUUCUCUCUGCUGUUGGCCGAAGAAUGUUCAGCAAACCAGACAUUUCUGUUUUCUUUGGGUUUUAAUGACUUGUACAUUUAAGUGUAAAUUAUGUUUUCAUUAUUUUAUAAAAAAAUAUAUUAAAAUAACUAUGAACAUUGA